AAAUAGUUGUUCUUUUCCAGUUUCAGAUUAUUCGUCUUGUUGUUGUGUAUCAUUGCCGUUGUGCAAUGCCAAUAUACGCCACACUCUUGUGGUGGAAUUGGAGACACGACCAAUAUUGGAAUAUCAAGUCAAGGUCUUCCUGGAAAUUCCAACUUUGACGAGCUCAAUCAAGUUUGCUAUGGAAGCAUCAAGAAGUUUCUCAAAGAACUAAAUGACAGCAUCGUCGAUAAAGAAUCGUGUGUCAAGAAAUUCGCCGUAGCCAUUGGCCAGUUGAAAUAUCUCUGUUCCACCAUAGGAAGAGUUGACUCCUUCAAGACAAUGUUCGAAAACAGUUUGAGUUCUCUGGACCAGAUUCUUAAGAAAAUGGAUUAUAUGUCAAAGUUCAGUGAGAUCGUCCCAGCUGUUUUUAAAAUGCGUACACUUAUCAUCGAAAAGAUUCUACCCAGGACAAUAAAAGCCUUAGAAUAUGCUUAUAUUGGUGUCGGAAACGUUCUGUAUUCUUUCAGAGGAUUCUUAGAGCAAACUAACAGCGAGGGUUUAGAAAAUCUUCUCAUCGAAAUCAAGGAAAAUGGUACAAGAGCUUGCAUAGAAUCAACCUCAAUAGGAAAGAUUCUUAGCAAUGUCGAACGCGAGCUUAAGUCGAGCGGAGAAUCCUCCAAAGUCCUACUACAAGCCAUGUUCGAAAUACAGGAAUGUGCCAACAAGGAGUGCCCUUCUCGCCCUGAAAAUUGCUCUGACUGCUUUAAUUUCAAUAAGUACUUUGGAUAUGUUCUCUGGAAUAUUGAAACAUGGAAGGAGGGUAUGCAGGGUUGUUCUAAGAAGAUGGAUAAAUUCAUUGAUCAGUUAAAUGUGACAGCUAAGAUCGACGACAUUUUUGACACUGUCUUCAACCUAACCACAGAAAUUGAUCAAUUUCUCAAAAUCUUCUCAAGAAGUCUGACAAAAUCUGUCAAAUCAAUAGCUCCAGUUGAAAAAAGAAUCCUUGAUUGCUGCCGAAAGAGGGUGACCGGUUGUGGACUAGAGAAACCAGAGGGAUGUGACGAAUUGGGUAUCAUGAACUUAACUGGCUCAGUAAAUGGCUCUGUAACUUGCCCUUUGGAGCUACUAGUCGAUUUUAAAAAUGGCAAUUUGCUUCAGUCCAUUGCUAAGAAAGCGGAAAAGCUCAGAUUUACGCAUUUUUCAGGCGGAAAUGUUUUGUUCAUUAAUUUCCGAAACAUGAAAUUUGAAAUAAAUGUGCCUAAAUAUUUCCAGGAAUGUUUUGGAAGCUCCAGCUUCAAAAGGAAGUUUACAAAACUGUGUAGCCUCCAAGAAGUGGCACUAAAACUAAAACUUAGUCCACUGAUAUAUCCUUACUUAAAGGAUUCAUACAUUCCUUCAACCUACAGUUUUUUUCCAAAAGAUAUUAAUCAGUCCUGCACUCAAUUCAAACAGUCAUUCGAAAGGUUUGGCCGGGAGGUUGAAGGAUGGGGUUUCCGAAAUCGGUUACCGAGACCAUUUUGUCGUAGUCUUUGCCUCUCUGAUCAAGAUCCUGAGGUAGAUUAUUGUCCCUGCCAAAUACCAGAAGGAACAGCGGACAAAAAGCAACCUUACUGUGCUAUGCGGAAAACAUCUGAUCUUAAGAACUGUUCAUCGCAUUGCUUAGAUAAUCAGUUUAAACCGGGGAAAAAUCCAGCCGGUCACAAUGCCAAAAUGAACAAAACAAAUGCGUAUCCUGUGUGCGAAUACCUGGAAGACUACUGCAAGAUUUCAGAUGUUAGAGUAAAGAAUGGAGCUGUGAAAUGUGCUAGCAAAUACACUUUUCACAAAAGUAUGUGUCAAAUCGUCCCGAAUCCUGGUUACAAUUGUCCAAUUGAUGUGAUCGAGUGUGUUACUUCUGGUUAUUCUUAUAUUCGAGAUAAAGUUAUCUGGGAACGUACUGUCAUUGAAUGUGUAUACGAUGGUAAAAACUAUCCCAUCUGUACCUGUAAUAACAGUGACAUAUUCUACAACGAUAAGGUGCUGUGCCAAUAUGGGAACUUCAGUGGCGUUGAACCAGCUCCAGAAUCUGCUUGGAAACUGAGGAAGACAACUAAUUGCUUUAACCGGCUCGGUCUUGACAAAGACAUCAGGAAAGACUGUGGUGCUUCGAUGAGCCCAUGUGUCAUCCAUUCAAGGCAUACCUUUACCCCAAACAGGCCCAAAGGCUCCUCCUCUGCAUCAUCUAUUAUCGGUAUUAUAAUAUCUUUACUUGUGUGUUGUGGAUGCUUAGGUGCUGUGAGCUCAGGAGGGAGCUCAGGAGGGAGCUCAGGAGGGAGCUCAGAAGAGAGAUCAGGAGCUUAUAUAAUUGCUAUUGUAGGUGUAAGUAGAGCAUAAAUAAAUGGAUGACACCAUUUUUAUACUACAAAAGUUUUGAAUAGCGACGGCCUUUUGAACACUCCAUUUUAAAGUUCCAAUCGCCAUCUUGAAAGGUAACUCAGCCUUUGCAUCAAAGCGAGUUGUGGCCAUCGAUACCUUUUGUUUACACCUAAGACAAUUAUUCGCAGGUAUCUAUCAUUGCAAGCUCAACUUCUGUCUUGCUUUGAUGCAAAGGCUCGGCUACCUUUCAAGAUGGCGCUGGGAAUUGUAAAGUUGACCAAUAGGGUUUAAUUAACUGCUUUGUCUCUGAAUUACUUGAAGACAAUUAUUUCAGUUUCAAGAAAAUGGUAAAUUUCUUAGAAUGUAUAGGUUUCGGAUCAAUUUCAUGUAUAGAUAUUGUGAUUUUAUGUGUUUUUAAAUGCUUGAUUUUUAAUAUUCUGGCUCAAGUGAGGCUUUCAAACCGAAGGGUAACUUCAAAUCAAAGUUUGCGGAAGGACCUUAACGAUACAAAUGGCAUGCAAAAGGAGUAUUGUGACACCGGGAAUAAAUCGACGGAAGCCUAUUUAAAAAGAAACAGAAUGUUAAUUUGGAUAUCUCUUUCGCGAAUAUCAAAAUACAUAUUUAAAGGCCUAUUUUGGAGAUUGAUCAAUAAAGAUAUAUGUGUUGAUCCGUAGCAAAAACCAGAGAUCUCAGCCUAGUUUCAAUAAGAUCAAAGUCUAAAUACUCUGCACUGACUAAUCUGCAAAUCAAAUUAACUCAAAAACAGUUUCUUGUUUCUACAACUGUACUUAAUUUUAACAUUUUUUGUAGAAUUUUAUAUUAUUUCUUGUAAAGUUUUAUCUAAUCAAGUUGUCCAAUUUUAACUGCAAUUUUAGAGCUUCAAUAAACUAUCUAUAUAUCUAAAGCAAAACUAUAACUAUGACCUAGGCCAUGCUCAAACUCGUCGAACUUUUACAAUAUUCUGUUCAAAUAUUUUUGUUCCAAAUGUAGAGGUAAAAAUCAUUUUUUAAAACACAAGUUGAAACCAGAAAUCUAAGCGUAUUUGAAGUCAAUUCAAAAUUUGUGCUGAAAGAAGAGAAGUACGCCAUUGAUUGUCGCCAUAAAUGGAGAAUGUGCUCAAUAUCUUUUGAAUGUUAGCCAAUAAAUAUUUUACCGCACUUGUGUAAAUUCUAGCGCGCUUAUUGGCUGAUUAGAGGGUGUCAAUCAGAGGAUACGCACACUGUUCUGACACCAACACGUUUCGCGCGGUCGCUCAAUAGACCUAAUCGGCUAACAGCGUUGCUAUGUACGUUGCCACCCAAUUCAAAUCCUGUGGGAAAAAGAACAGUUGAUUUCUAAGAAUUCAACUGUGAAAUGAAAAUACAACGAACAAUGAAUCUUACUCCCGGGUGGUUUGAAUUGGGAUGACGCCGAUUAGGUCUAUUGAAAGAAGAUAAUGAUUUUCACUACUAUUUAGAAUUUUUUGGUUUUUUGUUGUAUGUCCUUUUAUUGACACACUUUUGACGUCAUAAAAUGUUCAAAACUCAUUCUAUGACGUCAAGAGUGUGUCAAUAAGAGGACAUACAAUAGAAAACACUUUGCGCAAUUUGUUGAAUUGAAAUUGGUAAAUCAGAAAGUUCGACGUUUGACGCAGGCCUUUGUUCGUUUAUACCUAUUUCACGAAUACAUCAUAUUCAUGUUAUUUUGCACGCACUUUUUCAGUAAGUCCCAGUAUGGAGACGCUUUGUGUUAAGUCCCCACAACAAACGCUAUGUAAACGCUGGCUAUUUUCACGAACGUUUCCUAGGAAAACUAGACCAUGUAAAAUAGUACUUUUUGAUUGUGUAAAAAACGCAUUAAAAGCAUUUAAGUGUGAAUAAAAGACUUACUGAAUCUU